CGGCCACGCCCACUUCCGGUUCCUCGGCCUCAGCAUGGCUGCUUUGGGUACUCUGCUGUCUAGUGUUCGGAGGCUGCACAGCAGCGCGGCGGCUCGGGCGGGCGGCCAGUGGAGACUCCAGCAGGGCUUGGCUGCCAACCCUUCCGGCUACGGGCCCCUGACGGAGCUCCCAGACUGGUCCUACGCGGAUGGCCGCCCUGCUCCUCCCAUGAAAGGCCAGCUUCGAAGAAAAGCCCAAAGGGAGAAGUUUGCAGUGAGUGGCUGGAGCCCCAGCCAGGGCAAUACGAAUAGACGGGUUGUACUGCUGUCACAGGAAAUGGAUGCUGGGUUACGGGCAUGGCAGCUCAGGCAGCAGGAGAAGUUGCAAGAAGAAGAAAGAAAGAAGAAAAAUGCUCUUAAACCUAAAGGGGCUGCUCUACAGAGCCCACUACCAAGUCAAUAAAAAGCAACUCCUCACCCUUCUGGGGUUGCUCAGUGGAUAGAGUGUUGUCCCAUGGACUGUGACGUGCCCAGGUUUCGGGCUCCAUCCCCAGUGUGGGGCAUGCAGGAGGCAGCUGAUUCAUGUUUCUUUCUCUCUCUCAAAACAUCAAUAAAAACAUAUUUUUAAAAAGCACAACUCUUCCUAUCUCCCUUUCCCAGUGUCUCUCUGACUUUCUCUUCUAUCACCCAGAUGCCUCAUCCCAGCAGGACACCAAGAAGAACAGGCUGUAAGAGCAUUCCUUAGAAGGGUUGGCUCCAUGCCCUUACCCCUGGCCCCCUUCCAAUUCAGGGGAAUCUUGCUCUGAAAUAUUCACCCCUUUUGCAGGUUAUAGGGCUGGCCCAACUGAGCAGUUACUGCUCUGCAAACAUGAAAAGGGGACAGCAGUUCUUUUGGUCUUGGCCAUCAUUCAAGCCUUGAAAAGCCUAUACACAGCCCAGCCUUUG